UGUCACGCCAUCAACUUACAAGCGAAGGCUUUAGUGUUUCGCGCGAGGCUGGUGUGUUCAAUGUGACGCGCAGUGAUGAACGGCAGCUCGAACCCGCCUCUGGAUAAAGAAGAGCACGUGUUAAAGCUCGGAGAUAGUUUUGAGAAGAGGCCAAAAUCAUCUUUUCACACCAUCAGAUAUGAUUUUAAACCAGCGUCCAUAGAUACUUCCUGUGAAGGAGAUUUGCAAGUAGGAAAAGGAGAUGAGGUUACCAUCACAUUACCACACAUACCGGGCUCCACUCCGCCAAUGACUGUGUUUAAGGGCAACAAAAGGCCAUAUCAGAAAGACUGCGUUCUCAUCAUCAACCACGACACUGGAGAGUUUAUGUUGGAAAAGCUCAGCAGCAGCAUACAAGUCAAGAAAACCAGAGCUGAGGGAAGCAGCAAGAUCCAGGCUCGCAUAGAGCAGCAGUCGGUGAGAGCUAACCAGCUGACGGCUCAGUUCCGCACCCCCGUCAAGCCCGGAGGCGGAGCCAAGACCUCGCCGACCAAAGACAACCCUUCGCCCGAGCCUCAGCUGGACGACAUCAAACGAGAGCUGCGGGCCGAGGUGGACGUGAUCGAGCAGAUGAGCAGCAGUGGCAGCAGCAGCUCGUCAGACUCUGGCAGCUGUUCUGGCAGCGGUGAUGACAGCUCCGGCAGCGACGGAGAACAGGAAGCUCAUCUCUCCCCCGGCAAGAACAACGCGGCCAACGGAAUGAACAAGUCACAAGGCAGCAAUCAGCUGAUGAACACACUCCGAAAUGAUCUCCAGCUAAGUGAAUCUGGCAGCGACAGCGACAUCGACUGACCUCCGACCUAGCUGACGUUCAGCACUUACAAACUCAGAUCGGGUUUCUCUGCGUUACGCGCUUUUUCGUAGACGAUAUCGGUCUUUUUGCAGUGGUUUCGUAGAUAUCGGUGCAUAUGCAGUUUUAUUUCGAGCUUUUAACGGCUUCAUGUUAGCAUGGAGAUACCACGGAAAGUGUUGAAGAAUGUAAAAUUAUUGUAAUAGAUUUUAUUUUUAUUGCAAAGGGAAAUUUUUGAACAGAUAAGGUUGUGUAAAUUAUUGUACCUUCGGUUGUUCGGUAUUUUUAUGGAGCUAAAAAUUCUCAACCAGCGUUGCUUGUUUAUUGCACCGGUCCCCUCAACUUCAGUGUUACAUAAACCAAAUGAAUUGCAUGAAUCGUAUAUUCAUAUUUCUCAUAUUCUUAUGACUGCUUUUCGCAUUGCCUAUGAAGAUUGAAGUGGCAAAAAGCAAAUACAAAUGAGUUUGUCACAUUUUUUAUGACAUGAGGGUCACAACCCCUCAUAUACAACAUUUAAAAUGCUUAAUGUCAGUACUCAGUUUCUCAAAGUGUAUGUGCAUAUCUGUAAAAGUGUAUACUGCUGGUUUAACCAAAAAUAAAUUGUUUUAUUGCACUGUACAAUAUCAAUGUUGUAAAUAGUAUCUGUAAUGUAAGAUAAAAGUCAUAAAACUG